AGCGGGGGUGCGGUAUGGUUUCGCUAGGGUAAAAAUCGACGUGAUUUCAGUUAACACGUAAAACAGUUGGGUAUUAAACAUCAUGAAUUUACUACCAUCUAAUCCUCACGGAAACGGACUCCUUUACGCUGGAUUUAAUCAGGAUCACGGGUGUUUUGCCUGUGGGAUGGAAAAUGGAUUCCGCGUGUACAACACUGAUCCCCUCAAAGAAAAGGAGAAGCAAGAGUUUCUUGAGGGUGGAGUUGGUCACGUGGAGAUGCUGUUUCGGUGUAACUAUCUUGCACUUGUUGGAGGUGGAAAAAAACCCAAGUACCCACCUAAUAAAGUAAUGAUCUGGGAUGACCUGAAGAAAAAGACUGUGAUAGAAAUCGAGUUCUCCACAGAAGUAAAAGCUGUGAAGCUGCGGCGUGACAGGAUUGUGGUGGUCUUGGACUCUAUGAUCAAAGUCUUUACCUUUACUCACAAUCCCCACCAGCUGCAUGUGUUUGAAACAUGCUACAACCCUAAAGGGCUGUGUGUCCUGUGUCCAAACAGCAACAACUCCUUGUUAGCGUUUCCUGGUACACACUCUGGGCACGUCCAGAUCGUGGACCUGGCCAACACGGAGAAACCUCCUGUUGACAUUCCUGCUCACGAGGGUGCCUUGUGUUGCAUUGCUCUAAACCUCCAGGGUACACGGAUAGCAACGGCCUCAGAAAAAGGGACGCUGAUUAGAAUAUUUGACACUUCAGCUGGCCAUCUCAUACAAGAACUCAGAAGAGGCUCACAGACAGCAAAUAUCUACUGCAUUAACUUCAACCAAGACGCAUCUCUUAUCUGUGUUUCGAGUGAUCACGGCACUGUUCACAUUUUCGCUGCUGAGGAUCCCAAAAGGAACAAGCAAUCCAGUUUGGCCUCAGCCAGCUUCCUCCCCAAAUAUUUCAGUUCCAAGUGGAGCUUCUCCAAGUUCCAGGUCCCGUCUGGCUCACCCUGUGUCUGUGCCUUUGGAACAGAGCCCAAUGCAGUCAUAGCUAUUUGUGCUGAUGGCAGCUACUACAAAUUCUUGUUCAACCAAAAAGGGGAGUGUUCAAGGGAUGUCUACGCUCAGUUCUUGGAAAUGACUGACGAAAAGAUUUAAAAAAAAAACGCCGGUGUUUGGACCUAAGCCUCUUUCUAGCACCUGCCAAUUUGCCAGUGACCGUGGAUUGAAGUGGCAUUGAAAUGACACAUUGUCACCAAUGUAAGCAGGACCAUGUCAGAGGCAUACUGGUCAAGAAGGACGGAGACCAAGAGGAUUUGAUUCAGUUUGCUUUUCUUCAAGCUGAAAGACUCAGUGCCUGGACAAGCACAGAGAUGGAUAAAAUAAACAGUUAUCUGCUCAUUCAGAGGAGUAAGAAGAGGGAAACUUUAUUUUUUUGAACGGACGUCUGUUGCUUUUAAAAACGUCUUCCGUGGAAAUUACUGUUUUUUAAAGCAUAGAGUUGAUUCUGCAAGAUAGCUAGAUAGAAAUUAUCUUUGUCAACUAACACCACCUAACGUAAGGUAGGGAGUGCCUCUGAAAUGAUUGAGGAGGAGAGAGGAGUGUAUAUAUAUACACACACACACUAUAUACAUAUAUAUGUACAAAUAACUUGUAGUUGUAGAUUUGACUCCAUUUGCCGUAUUAACAAACAAACAAACAAAAGAAAAAGACCAGACUGAAGUACGUAACUGCAUAGACUAAUUGAAUAGUACUGGAAAACACAAGUCAUGUUAAUGUUUUCCGUUUCAUCUUAGUUCCACGUAUGUGCAAUAUUAUUUUUUCCCCCUCCCUACAUGUUUUUGUUGCAUUUUUAUUUGAGUGAGACAAAUGUACAAAGUUUCAAUACUCCAGGACAGCCCCUGUGCUAUAGCACAACAACAACAACAACAACAAAAUCAAACUGAAAUGCAACAGGAGUGAAAAAAGGUGUGGGGGUCAUUUGUUUGGAAACAGGAACUUAACAGUCUUAACAUGAAGGAGGAGGUUUGGAAUAGCAACACUGUGUGAAACUGCCUGAAUGUCAAAUUGAUUUGGGCUUACAAAAUGAAUGAAAUGUAUCUGUUUUACAGCAGUUACACUUUAUGGAGGAAACCUAGUCCUGACAACAAUAAGUCUAAUAUGGUUUAAAAUAUCUGCACUAUUACCUUAAGUGAAGCAUAUGGUUUCGUGACGACUACAACGAGAACAUGUAAUCAACACUGACAAACCUGGUUGUUUGUUUCAUCCCUGUAAUUUAAGAAAUCUUUUUGACCAGUGAAUCAUUAUACAGUAUAGUAUGGAAUCACAUAUGAAGCUUUACACAUUCAAAUCAAAAGGAUGAUCAAAAUAUGACCCCCGUCACCAUGUUUGCUCAUCACUAAUUUGUCAGUAUUGCUUUUCUCUUUCUCUUUUUCUUUCUCUUUUUAUUCCAAAGCAUACAGUAACAUUGCAAAUCUGCCUCUUUGUUGUUUAAGAGUCAUUGCAUAUAGAGCUUUUUCAUACUUUAAGCCUAUGCUUGUUGGUUUGUAUGUUUAGUAGUAAAUCAUGAUUAAUGGAAGAGUUUGCUGAACAAGACACGGUGUUGAUUGCUCAUAACGUUGCACAGUUUACGCUUAUUUGAUAGAUUUCUCUCUGAAGGGUUCUUUUUAUGAUGAACAACACUCUGUAUGCAUUUCAUGCUUUAAACGUGAUUGUAUAUUUGUAAGGUACACUACACCUUAAUGAUAAUAACACAUCAAUACUGUGUCCAGAAAUCUGCAGAGACACUGCACAGAUUCCAUGUUAUGUGACAAAUUAAAAUGUA